UAUAAGAUUCUUCUCCUGAUUGUCCAGUUGGGGAUGGAGAGGGACAGGGACAAGAUGGCGGAGAGUAUAAUAAAUCUCACCCUAGAGAUCCUCUUCCGGCUUACUGGAGAGGACUACACAGUAGUGAAGAAGACCUCUAAUGAGCUCUGCCAGGGCCCUGUGUCUGAAGGAUGUGGAAGAACCCUGAGCUCAAUCACAGGGCCUCCACCUCACCCCCUGAUACAUGAGGAAAUCAACAGAGAGAAGAUCCUAGAGCUCACCAACAAGAUGAUUGAGCUGCUGACUGGAGAGGUUCCUAUAAGGUGUCAGGAUGUCACAAUCCAUUUUUCCAUGGAGGAGUGGGACAGCCAGGCUGCAUUUACAAGCAGUACAGGGUGGUUGUUGUCAUCAUCAUCAGCAGCAGCUACUGCUUCUCCAAUUCAGACUCCUGCUCAUUGUCUUGAUCAGCGACAUUUUAACUUGCUGGAAUUCUACCAUUCAUAUCCUGGACCAUCUGUACGAGCGGCAUAA